CGGGUCUCCGGGCACCGCCCCUUGGAUGACGCCACAAUCGCGGACGUCUCCUCCGUGACGCACACCCGGUCCGUCGCGUUGUGACGUCACAGAGCCCGGGGCCCCGCCCUCCCGUUUUCUCCGUGGGCGCCUCCCUCCGCUCCCCCCAAGGGGCGGGGCGUUGCGAUGAAACGGUGGCACGAGCCUAAGCCGGCCCCUAGUGGAGCAGGUGAGGCGGGACCAGGUGGGAUGGCAGAACGCCCCCUGGUUCCAGCCUGUCCCACGCACCGGCCGGGACGGCUCCAACGCCAUCUCCUGAGCGGCGAGUUCGACCAGCUGCGGGAUUUACCCAUCUUUGAGAGCAACUUCGUGCAGGCUGUUCCCCUUGCAGUUCGUCCAGCUCUUCGUCCACGACGAAAGCCGCUGGCAACUGAAGGUCAAGUUCCGCACCGGCCGCGCCUUCUACCUGCAGCUGCGGGCCCCGCCGGAGAUCCGCGACCGCAAGUUCGGCCAGUGGGUGCGGCUGCUCUACCGCCUGCGCUUCCAUUCGGCCCAGGGAGCCUUACCCUUCACACAGGAGUACUCGGCGCUGGAGGACGACAAGGACGAGGAUCCGAGCAGGAGGAAGUGAGCAGACAAGGGCUGCCUCAUCGUGGUUGCCAUUCCGACCUGGCUGUCCCCAUCACCCAGCCCCAGGUGACUAAGCCCUACAGGAGGAGGAAGGCGGAGCUACAGACUCAAGAAGGACAGACAUAUGGGAGUCCAAGACAAGACUAUGAUCUUCUCAUUGAUAACUCUGGAAAGGGAAACGUGUUGGGGGAGGUCUGGGUUAGGACUCAGCAGCCAAUUAUCUUGGCAGGUGGGAGAGAGCGCUUCACUGCGGCACUGUGGGGGGAAAACAGAAAAGGGUGGUAAAAAUGCUUGUCCCACCACCACCCGCCCCUGCCCCCGGGCCUGUGCCCGCUGGAUUCACUCGACCAGCACGGGGAGCAGGUUUUCCCUUCAUCACCUAGCUCGGCACCUGGUCAACCCAACUCCAUAGAGCCCUGAUUCCUGUAGUUUUGAACCCCAAACUGGGACGUUCUGAUUACAGAGCAGCUGCUGGAGACCAGCCAUCACUGGAAUCCUGAAGUAGGGAUAUUUCUGAACGGAUUCAACAGUUGAUAAGGGGGACGGCAGAACCCUAGGAAUUAUCAGUAGGUCGGCUUGGCAGAUCAGCGCCUUGGAAUGACAGGCAGGAGGUGCUUGGAGUGAUCCCUCUGGACGCUUUGCUAAGGGUCUGCAGCCCCUUCUGUCUACUGGGCUGUCGUCAGAGCCAGGGAGGGACUCUGGAAGCCCCUAUGAACGUCAGUCGCCUCUGAGGGACUUGCUUAGCGGCCUCCCCACGAGUCUCGGCUGGUGGAUGCUUGCUGGACUGAAGCCCAAGGCGGAGGAUGCAAGGAAGAGCAUUCUGGGUAGAGGGAAAAGCACGUGCAAAGCCCCAGGAGCAGGAGAAGGCACAACCAGUUUGUCCAACCGCCAACUGCUCGGUGUGGCUGGAAAAUGGGGGCGCUUGAGGCUGGAGAGGGGCUGGGGGUGGCAGAGGCAGGACCAUGACCCCAGGAUGAAGGGUUCCGGGGCUGCUGGGGAGCCCUGUGAGCAGGUCAACUGUGGAUAUGGGCCAGGCACCCUCUAGGGCCCGGAGGUGGAACCGGAGAGAGAGACUGGAGGCCCUGAGGCCCGAGAGGAGGCUGGCGCAGGAUUCAGGAAGGAGGACAGAUGAGGCUGGGGCUGUGGGGCAGAGAGGUGGGGACAGGAGGGGGACAGGGACAGGCUUUGGAGGGGGCUCAUUUUUCGGGGCUCCCACAGCCCCCCGUCCUCUGCCACUACCCAUGUUGCUUUCAGUGCUGUGCCACACACCUCCCCAGGCACACUGGAAGCCUUAGCGAUCAUUUGCUAAGUUCUUCUCGCCCUCAUUCACCUCUUAUUUGUCCCUCAGCUCCUUUGGAAAACCUCAGACUCCUGCCCAGGCCGGGUCAGGCGCUCUCCCUCCCCCACCCCUACCAUACCCUGUGCUGCCUUCCCUCCCCCACGUGUCACCCUGAAACAUCCUGCUGGGGUCUGAAUCGGCUUCCCAAUCAUACUCCCAGGGGGCCCGGGUCUGCCUGGGCUCUGGUCUCAGCCCUGCUCAGCACCGGCCUCCCGUUAGCUUGGUAAAGGGAGUGGAUGAGGGUCGGCAGGGGUGCGCUGGGGGCCGCCCCACGCUCACUUCGGACUUCCAGCUUGCACUCGGCCAGGGCCUCCCCCAGCUCGUUGACGGCCAGACAUGAGUAAGUCCCCGAGUCAAAGGAGGACGGGCGGCGGAUGUUCAGCGUCAGGACCCCCAGGUAGUUGUUCAUCAGGAACCUGGGAUCUCCGCUGAUUUCCAUCUUGUUCUUCAUCCAGACCACCUUGGGCUGUUGAGGAGAGUGGAGAGGAAGCCAUGUGACAGAGGGUACCCUGGGAGAUAGCAAAGUGGGCCUUGGGAGGCAGAUUUGGGUUCUCCUUCUGGCUGUGCCACCUCCUAAUUUUGACUGGCUGACCUUGGAUGAGUCACUUCUCCUCUCUGACCCUCAGUCUCCUCUUCAGUAAGAGGAAGAGCCCACCCCUUGUGGUGGCCCAUAGGGCCCUGCAUGAUUUGGCCCCAUUACUCCUCUGCCCUCACUUCCCACCCCUUCCUUACAUCUGCUCCGCCCACACGGGCCGCCUCACUGUCCCUCAAACAGACCAGACAGGCUCCCACCUCAGGACCUUGGCGCUGGCUCUUGCCUCUUCCAAUACUGCUCUCCCCUCCUCUUUUCACCUAACCAGUGCCUGCCUAUCUUUCAGGUCUCAGUUCCCCUGUCACUUCCCGGGUCCUAGACUGGAACAGGAAUGCCCCACUUUACACUCUCACAACUGCCUGCAUUUCCCUAGCACACUCGCCACCCUUUAUAAUUUUAUAGUCAUUUGUGUGACUUCGGAUGCAUGGCGGUCUCCCCCAACAUACGGGAACUCCUUGUUCAAAUCACCGGCACAUAGAAAGCCUCUGAAAACGUGUGUUGAAUGAAUGAAUGAAUGAUGUAAUAAAUGAAGCAAAUGAAUGAGCUGAAUAAAUGAAUGGAUUGGUAGGGAAAUGAGCGGAAUGAAUGAAUGGAUGGAGUUAGUGAAUAAAGCAGUAGACAGCGGUGAUGGCGGAGGUGAAGGAAAGAAUCCACGGGAUGCCUACAGCAGCUGACGCUAAAAGUUGGCAAAAUGUGUCAAAAGGGCCAGGCAGUCAAUAUUUUAGGCUUUUGGGGCUCUGUGGUCUCUGGGUCAUGGACCACACACAAACCAUUAACGUGAAAGCAAGAUAACAAAACAGAAAAAGAAAAAACCGUUUUAAAAAUUAUUUAUCCCCUGGCGGUCCAGUGGUUUGGACUUGGCGCUUUCACUGCCAGGGCCCGGGUUCAAUCCCUGGUCGGGGAACUAAGGUCCCACAAGCCACGUGGCACAGCCAAAAAAAAAAAUAUCUCAGAGAAACCGGUGGCAGGCGGAUUUGGCCCGAGGGCCGUAGUUUGCCAGCCGCUGGUCUAGGUGGGUCCUUGGAGUUCAAGGUUGCAAGUGUCCACAUUCCCAGACAGUAGUCUGGAAACCAGACAGGGCAGGAAGACACCAAGGAGCCCUGCAGGUUUAGACCCCCUCCGCCCCAAAGGUUUCUGUUUUUCAGGGAAGUCAGUGUAGUGAGCUGAGACUUGGGCUCUGGUUAGAGCAGAGAGACAGGAAGUGGGUUAAAAGUGAGCAAAUCCCACGAGCAGAGAGAGAACUCAGGGAGGAAGAGCCCGUGUGGCA